AUGUCGGGCGGACGUCAGAUGGGUGGAAUGGGUAUGGGACCCAAUCAAAUGCCGGGUGGCCCCGCAAACAUGAUGAACAUGACACCGCAAGAUCAGAUGCAUCUCAUGUCUCUACUCGAAGAGCAGGCAAGGAUGAUGUCUCAGUUUAUGCCUGGCUUUGUAUCUCCAGCAAUCAACCCAGCUUUCCAACAAAACGGACCGCAACAGGGCCGUUCAUUGUUUGACCGCGUGGAACGCCAGCAGGGACGCCGGCCCUUUAACAAGAGAGACGACAGAAAUGCCGAUACCGAUAUGGACACAAAGCCUGACCAGGGUGGUGAGCAGGAUGAAAGCAAUACGGACUCGAUAUGUCGCUUCAAUCUCCGGUGUACCCGGAGAGAUUGCCCAUUUGCGCAUCAGUCGCCAGCUGCCCCCGAGGGCACUCCCGUCGAUGUGUCUGACGCAUGUUCUUAUGGAGCCGCUUGCAAGAACAGGAAGUGCACCGGUCGCCAUCCGUCGCCCGCCGUUAAGUCAGCGCACCAAGCCGAAGAGCUGUGCAAGUUCUUCCCUCAUUGUGCCAACCCCCACUGCCACUUCAAGCAUCCCUCGAUGCCUCUUUGCAGGAAUGGCGCAGAUUGCUCGACCGAAGGGUGCAAGUUCACGCAUGUUCAGACACCUUGCAAGUUCAAUCCUUGUCUCAACCCCUCGUGCCCCUACAAGCACGCCGAGGGCCAGAAAGGAGCAUUCGCGGACAAGGUGUGGACUGCUGAUGGGCAAGAGAAGCAGCAUGUGAGCGAGAGGAAAUUCGUGUCCGAGGAGGACGGUGCAGAGGAACUGAUCAAACCCGGUGGCGCCGAAGAGGCUUCCCAAAACAACCAAGAGAUUGCGACAUAA